ACAGAGGGCGCUGUUUCAAAUAUUCGUCAUAGACGUAAUCUGGCAGAGUAUCGGUAACGUUACAACAGAGAGUACUAGGCUGCAAAAUUGACUCAAAAUGGCAAAUAUUUCUGCCGAAGGAAUAGCCAGCAAGUUGAAAGAACAUCUCCAAGCAUCACAUGUUGAAAUGGUUGAUGAAUCUGGGGGUUGUGGGGCCAAGUUUGCUGCAGUCAUUGUCUCCGAUGUCUUCAGUGGUAAACCUCUUCUACAGAGACACAGGAUGGUUAAUGAAUGUUUGGCUGAGGAACUCAAGAUCAUCCAUGCCUUCUCCAUGAAGACGUUAACCCCAGAACAGUGGACAAAGCAACAGAGUAAAUGACCCAGGCUUACGUAGUGGACUGCUCGGCUCAAAGCGAGACAACUAACAUAUUUGAAAGAAGCUGCUCACCCUCAGGAGUUGGCAACAUUUUGAAUGACAGAGCCUGCACUGUCUGAAUAGAUUUUCCCAUACUUGUCUUGUUGGAUGACCUUUGCUUGUAUAAGUUGAAGGAAUGUAUUGCAUCUGUGUCCAAUCUUCCACAGGGCCAAGAUUUCAAAUAUCCAACUCCAAGUCCUUCAGGACUGAUGUGGCUUGGAGGUUUCUGAAUCCGUCAGAUUUCCAGCUUUACACUGUCUGCCGUCAAUCAUUGGCUCACUCUUUCUCUGCAACAUCAGUCCCGUCUGAUCAGGGGACAGUGGCUUGGCCGUGCACAUCAAUCAGUGUAAUGCAAAAUUCAGGAAAGGACGUUGAUGGGCUUAGUAGAAGAAAGACUUUUGAACACAGAAGGCCUGACCGCAUGCAUUUUGAAUGAUUAGUUGAAAAACUUAGAGGGCCUGACUUCUUGAUCCUUGCAGAAUCUUUCUAGUUUGGGCCGUUUUCCAAUACUCAACUUCGUCUCCGUCUCAGGCUUCGUUCCAAAAACCAAUCCCCAAUUGUGGGCCUGA